UCCCCUUCGACGAGAUCUGUCAAAGUUGCUGUGAAAAAGUCGCCUCAAAACACCUCAAGAUUUGUGUAUCAAUUUUAAAUCCGAAUUAUCUUACAACAAAGCGAGUGGCCUUUUUAGUCAAGAGGAUCAACAAAAUGUCCUUCGAAGUAAAGGCUCUGACAAAAACAGAAAAGCCCGAUGUGGACGGAAGUGGAUGCUCUAGCAAUUCGGGAACUGAGGAGGGACGUGGUUUUAGGGUGAGGAAGCGAAUGUCUGAGCCACUUUGCUGUCCCAUCUGCAGCUGUACUGUUAGACCAAAUGAAAUUGACCAACACUUUGCCCUUGAAGUCGAUAGGCUGGACAAAUUAUCCAGUCAGCGGAGCAGGAAGUCUUCUGCUCAGCAGAAUCACACAUGUAUAGCUAGUACCUCCAGUUCCUCCUCAAAUUCUCAACCACCCAGUGCCGGAAGCUCAUCUCCUGGAACCAAUUCCACAUCAGACUCCGCCUGGGGCACCUACCAAAAAAUCAAGAGCAACCGACAGACCAGACUGAAGCUCAAGUCCAAGAAACGGAAGCUGGAGCACCUUUGUCCAAUCUGUGACAAGUCCAUUCCCGGAACCGAAGACAUCAACGUUCACGUGGAGGCGUGCCUCAAGAGGAAUCGUCAGGGUAGGAAUUCAGUGACCGGAAGUAACUCCAGUGACGACGAUAGUAUUGAUAUCGAUGGUGAGUACUUUGAGGAGUACGAAUUUGCCGGUCAGACCAGGAUCCGGGCAUCGAGUCUCCUUGAAGGUGGUCUGGGUGCUGCAGGCGUGGGCACAGUGGUGUCCAAGGAGAGUCCAGAUGAUGAGGAUGAAGACCUAAAUGUCGAUGGAGAUGAUACUCAAAUCUACGGACCUUCUCAGUAUUCAGAAAAGGACGUCAUUCCACCUCCUUCUACUCUGCUGGCCCAGGAAGAGAACGGAGAAUACCUCAGGCGCCUGGUUAUCGGAUCAUCCUCCAGGAUGGUCACUCCUGAACCUCCAGAAGCCGAAAAGAGUCCCAAUCCAGGCACAGAGGAAGAACCACAGGAUCCAGAGAAACCCCAAGGAAUCACAAUUGAGGCACUGAAGCAGAAGAUUCUGGAAUUUGAAGGAGGCAGCAGGAACAAAUGCAAGUGUCUCAUUUGUCUGGAUGAAUUCAAGGUUCCCGUCGUGUCCAUUUCCUGCUGGCACGUUCACUGCGAAGAAUGCUGGCUGAGAACCCUUGGAGCCCGGAAACUCUGCCCGCAGUGCAACAUGAUCACCUCCCCAACGGAUUUACGGAGGAUCUACCUGUAAAUCCUCACUGGAAAUCGCAUCCUUUUUUUUAUUUUCCUAGCCUUCAAUCGUAAAAUAAAGCUUUUUGUAUUAAAAAAA